AUGGCUGCCAAGUGUGUGAUCCCUUUACUACUCUCCCUCUUACGGAGAGAGGUUCUUGCCGAUCGACCUCCGAACCAAUCAGUUUGUGACUACUACGCCGCUCAGCGCUAUGGUAAGAGCAACAGCACGACGCAGCUGCUUCUGAUGCAGAGCAUCGUUGCUUACGCCUAUGCUGGCGGUAGUUCGCUCCCACACGCCGAGUCUAACAGUACCGGAAUAUUCAAUCACGGGCAAUUUGAAGGUCAAGAUGUGUACCUCCGGCCGUGGUUUGACGGAUCAAACGCAACCACCAACCUCAAUGAACAAGCCGUAGUCGUUGACUGGCUAGACGGAGGCGGUACUGCCCCUCUGAUAGCUUUCUUGAAUGGCUCCACUGCCACCGCAGAAAUAAAAAAUGGAACAAAUCAAUACCAUGUGAAGGAGUUCCUGGAAACUAGUUUCACUCCUCUCACGCCAGCCUAUGUGCAUAAAUUCAUGAACUUGAAUCAAACCCACAUCGGAUACUUCAUCGACCAGUUUAUUACCGCCAGCAAAUACUAUGGCUUCUCAGACACCGAUGCUGCGACGCUUUCUACUUUUAUGAACGCGAGAUACAAUAUCCGAUGCUCGCCACCAGUCGACGGACAAUUGUAUGCAAUCUGCCUGGCAAAGGACUGCCCUCUUGCUGCACCUGACGCCGAAUGCGAUAUGUAUUCCAGCAUACCGCCAUAUGGAGUCAAUAACACGGCGGUUCCAAGCGGCACUGGAACCAUGGUGCUGCCAACAACUCUGGGGUCUUCAGCAUCAUCCUCUUCUAGUCUCGCCGGAACUUCCGGGGCGACCUCUACCGCUGCGGCCAGCGGUUCAUCUUCUAGUCUGUCCGGAGGUGCCAUAGCAGGCAUCGCCAUCGGUGCAGCGGCUGUUUCUCUGCUUGCGGUGGGCGUCUGGCUGUUCUUCCGACGUCAACAGCAGGCCCAGGCGAUGAGUUAUGAGCCCGGAGGGCACUGUUUUCUCUAA